CCCGAUGCAGCACGUCGAGGCUCAGAUCCGCAGAAGAGUGUGUGUGCGCCAGAGAAGAGUAGAUCCACAGCUGACGGAUCAGAGGACGAGCGGUCUGGACACACUCAAUCCCUCGGCAUCUGCAUUCACAGGACAAAGAACCACACACACACACACACACACAAAGCAUGGAGGCGAUCACCAGCACACACACCAGCGGUUUCAGGCUACAGGGCUGUAAUUUGCAAAGACAUGCUGGACCGCAGGAUACAACACGACCAGGGAAGAACUGUGCGUGUUUGCUGUCACUUUUCAUAUGGAUUACAGCACUAAUCUGUUCACAUCGAGCACACACACACACACACGAGGACGGUCCACAGCUCGUCGUUAUCAUGAACUUCACACAGAGGAGAAAGUAAAGUAGGUGUCCAGUCGGUUUCUUUGAAAUGCCUCCUCUGAGAGUACAUUAAAUGCGUCUGUGUCUGGCUGAUGGCCACAAAAAAAGAUCUUUUUAAUGCAGUUCUGAAGAUUCUGAAACAGUGGCCAAAACACCGUCAGACUAGAGAUUUCUGAAGAUUGUACCUGAACAUGAUGGUUUGUGCAUGUUGGUGAUUGAACUGGAUUUGUUUGUGUCCAGCAGUGGAGCCUGGACCUCGGCCAUGGGAGUAAGAAGAGUCUGAGCGCUCCCAGUCUCCCCAGUGCUCUCGAGGAGUCUCCCAGAACCGGCUCACGAUGGUGCCGCCUCCUCCCACCAACAAGCCCCACGUCUGCUUGUCCACCAUCAUCAUCAUGAGCAGCAUGGCUCUGAUGGACGCCUACCUCGUGGAGCAGAACCAGGGCCCGCGCAAGAUCGGCAUCUGCAUCAUGGUGACGGUGGGCGAGCUGUGCUUCCUCAUCGUGCUGAGAUACGUGGCGGUGUGGGUGGGCGCUGAGGUGAGGACGGCAAAACGGGGGUACGCCAUGAUACUUUGGUUCCUUUACAUUUUCGUCUUGGAGAUUAAGGUGUAUUUUGUCUACCAGAACUACAAGGCUGACCGGAAAAGCCUGGAUGCCUUGGCCCGGAAAGCCCUGACGCUCCUGCUGUCCGUCUGCGUUCCCGUGCUGUUCGUGAUUCUGGUCGCGAUCGACCACAUGGAUUACGUGAAGGCUUUCAAGAAGAAGGAGGAGAUCAGAAACCGCUUGUUCUGGGUGGUGGUGGAUCUGUUGGAUGUUUUGGACAUCCAGGCCAACCUGUGGGAGCCGCAAAAGAAAGGGCUUCCUCUGUGGGUGGAAGGACUGAUGUUCUUCUACUGUUAUAUUCUUCUGUUAGUGCUGCCCUGCGUGUCUCUGAGCGAGAUCAGCAUGCAAGGCAUCAACAUAAGUCCUCACAAGAUGAUGCUCUACCCCAUUCUGAGUUUGGUCACCAUUAACGUUGUCACUCUCUUCAUCCGUGGAGGGAAUAUGCUCCUCUAUAAGGACAACAGAGUGUCUGGGAUACUUAUGGCCAAGAACAUCCUAGCCCUGGUUCUGAAGACGUGCAGCUUUGUACAGUACCGGAAACAGUUGCAGAGCGCCCCCCCGGGGUUUGGAGUGGAAUUACAGAAGAACUCUGUGCCGUCCGCUCGAUCUGUGCAGGCGGCUCCUCAGGGAGUGUUACAGGAGCAAACGGCGCUACCGGAGGUCACCACGUGUGAGCAUACGUGACCUGCGAUCUGGGGACUGCAGCUGCGAGGACACAACCUCUCUGAUGAAACAAUGUGGAUGUAUGCGACUGUGUACCGUCAUCUCAAUGAGAAAUACAAUUGGAGCAUCAUGGAAUAAAGGCAGUCUAUAAUUGCAUAAUUCAAAACUUUCUUUCUUAUGUAUAUUUGAAAGCAUACUAUUCCACCUUUCUUAAUACGCCAAUGUUCAAACUCCAGCCUUUCUUCAUGGCAGUGAUCUGGGGUCGGGUUGGGCUGGUUUGGUCCAGUUGGCCUCUUCUGGUAGAUGUCAUGAGGGUCUGCGGGCAAGCAACACAUAAAUCACAAAUAUUUCAUUGUACUACAGUAGAAGUUUCACAAGUGACUGGUUGUUUUUGGAGACUCCUGACUUGAAUUGGUCCUGUCUGCAGUCUUUGCCGUCGCAGCUCAAGAUCACCAAUGAAGGGUUUGGGACUGCUCUGAACGUAGGGGAAAAUGAUUGGGCAUACUACAGUAGUUACUUAAUAAAAUGAUUGGGCAUUUUGCUGUACUGCUAUAGCACAGCCGAAUACGAUAGGAAACCAUUUCAAACGUAGUCUGAUCAUAUUUUGUGUAGUAAGUCUAAAAGUCACUUUGAAUUACUGUUAGUUUGAGAGGAUCAAUGUGUCUGUCCCAUAAAAUCAAAGUUUCCUCAUUGAAUCAAACACAUUACAAGAUUUAUAGAGAUCUAUUUUUAGAGGUUUGUGAUAAGACAAAAGAAACGAUUGUGAUUCAUUUGGGAUUGUGAAAAAUCAAAAACUUCAAAAAGCCAAUAGGCAUGUUUAAAACAGCAACAUAAAAAGACGCAUAAGAACAAAACCCCAUUAAUGCAACAAACAGCCUUUCAGUAGAAAAGGGGGGAAGAUUGUUAUCUGUGAUGCUUUGAUUAAGAAUUGUGUGUAUUUGAGUGGUUGGGUGUGUUUGUCAAAGCUUGUUUCACUCAGGUCUAACACUAAAGUUACUGAUUAGACUGCAGAUCGAGAAUGUCUCGCAUCCUAACUCUCAUGAGGGCUUUUAAUUAAACCGCAUUACAAAGAGAAAAUGACCAAUGAUUUUCCUCUCUUCAUUUUAAUCUCCAAUUAGUGGCCAUCUAAUUGCAAAUGUAGUUCCUCUUUGCCAAAACCAUUUAUCUGAAAAUGCUCUGGAACAGCUUGUCGCUGCGGUAGUUAGUCAGGUGAUCAAUGGAUGAAGACAAAACUCUAGUUGUAUGCAAGAUGAUAUUUUAAUUUGAUCAUGUUUGAUGUUGGUUCUGAAUUAACAGUGAAUGUACUGCUGUGAGAAACUUCAACAGGCUGGUCGUGUGAUGAAGAAACAAACCUGUUACUUCCUGCAUUUGCUUACCGGACACACGAAAUGAAAGAAACGGACAGAGAUUCACUUCCUGGGAAAACUGAAGCAUCUCAGAAUGCUGUGAUAAAGAUGCACUGUUUUAUUUGUGUUUAACAUUAUUAAGUAAAUGGGGUCAAUUUUGACUGCAUAUUGAAUUUAAACAUUGGAUUUUAUUCAUAAAGGUUUGGCGUUGACUUCUUGUUUUUAGCUAGUGUUUGUAUUCUGCAGCAUUGGUGUGUUUGUGUGUCCUCUUCAUCAUUCCCAGGAAAGCAGGUGGUAAUAUUCUCAGGUUAUAUUUGUAACCAUUAAAACGAACGAUGACUGAGACGUCUCAUUGAUGUUGUGGAACUGCAUGGCUUGAACACAAAUAGUCAAAACUUUUCUAUACCAUUUGUUGUGUUAUUUUUAAUGUUCAAUUUUAAAUGCAGUAAUAUUGUGAAAUAUUAUUAAAAAUGAA